CUGCAUUAAAAACAAAAAUAAUAAAAUACACGUGCAGUUAGAAUAAAAUAUUGUUUAGAAAUAUUUAUUCUUUUUGGGGUCUCUAAAAUAGUUCAUGAUGAAUAUUGUUGUUGGUACUUAUGAGGAGCUGAUACUAGGUUAUAAACUAGACAAAAAUGGAGACGAGUAUAAAUUUGAACAAACAUUUACAGAUCACUCACAUUUAGGAUGUAUUAAAUCAGCAGGUAUAUCUAGAAAGAACAUACUGGCUACAGGCAGUACCGAUGAAACUAUCAGAUUAUUUAACCUAAAAAAACACACAGAAUUAGGUGCUUUGAUGCAUCAUUCAGGUAAUGUAUGUAAUAUAACACAGAUCACAUUCUUUCAAGAUAGUCAUAUGUUUAGUACAAGUGAAGAUGGUACCAUGUGUGUAUGGAAGAAUUAUACCUGGGAAUGUCUGAGACAAUUCAGGGGUCACAAAGGUCCUGUUAAUAGUGUAUCUGUUCAUCCAAGUGGUAGAAUGGCUAUUACAGUUAGUAAAGAUAAAACAUUAAGGACAUGGAAUCUUGUUACAGGAAGACACGCUUUUAUUAGUAAUAUUAAAGAAGUUGCAGAUUGGGUUAUGUGGUCACCGAAUGGAGAACAUUAUGCUGUUAGUUUUUAUUAUAAAAUAAAUGUGUAUAAAUUAGAGGAUGCAGCCAUUCAUUGUACCAUACAGGCUGAUAAGAGAAUCAAUAAUAUAGUAUUUAUCAAUGACUGUAUAAUAGCAUUUGGUGGUGAAGGAGGAAAGUUAAUAUUGUAUGACUUUAUACAAGACAAAGAACUUGAAUCAAUACAUUUAAAAUGUACUCGGAUAAAAGGCAUUUCAUGUUCAAAUUUUGAAGAUGAUCAGUCACCAAUAUUAAUAGCUACUGCCAGUGAUGGUAAUAUCUGGGCAUACAGUGUAGAUACAGUAAAGGGAUCACUAGAGCAAAUUGCAGCACAUGAUACGAAAUUCAGAAUAACCUGUUUAGCAGUUACACCUCCAAAUGCAUCAAAGAAGUUAAAUAAAGAAGAAACACUGGUUUUAGAAAAGUUAGAUGAAGAUUUACAAGAGAACGGUGAGGAGGAGGAUCAGGAAACAGAGCAUGUGAUUAAAAAAGACAAUAGUGAACAAAAAGCAAGAAAAGGUUCAAAGGGCAAAAAAGAUGCCCAAAAGCGAAAAAGUAAUUCUGUAGAAACAAUUACUGAACCGACAUCUCAAAAAACUAAGAAAAUUCAAAGAAAGAAAAAAAAGAUUGGGAGUGCAAAAACAUAAUUUCUAAUAAAAGAAGUGUUGUUACUCCUCGACUUUGUUUGUGCAAUUACCCAAAGUAAUAUGUAUGAUUACCUUGUACACUGCAUAUUAUUUCCUGUAUAAUAAGUAGUAAUAUGUUACUUAGAAAAACACAACACAAUUUAUAUGGAAAACAAUCACUGGUUUAUACACAUAUAGCAUGACAUUCCAACAAGUAUUCUCUUAUUGUUUUCAAGCACAAAUGAUUACGAUAAGAGAAUACUUGUCGAAACGUGCUAUAUGUGUAUAAAUCAGUGAUUGUUUUCCAUAUAAAUUGUGUUGCAUUUUUUUAACGUGCUCAAUCACUAAAUGCCACUCAAGGAUAACACAUGUGUAGGAAACAGGUUUAGAUAAUUCACUCGUUAAUUUAAUUUUUACGUGGUCAUUAAAAAUUACAUGAGUAAUCCCCAACUCUGCCUCGAACAGAUGAC